AUGGCGCCCGCGACGCUUCUCCGCACUUUGCGGCCUGCCCUGCGUCCCUCCAUCUGGCGCCCGCAACCCCGACGAUACGCCCACCCAGGCCGAUUCCAACCCUUCGUACCACCCUCCCCAAGCUCCCUAGGCAAACCCACUGCCGCAAAGACAUACACAAGAACUCGGAGAUGGCUGCGCCGGAUCGUCUACGUCUCACUCGCCACAGGUGUGAUUUACGGCAUUGACAGGCAGUUCUAUGCAUUGUCGCUGACCCGCACUGCCCGCACCUUCUCUCUCGGUCUCCUGGUCGCUCUCGACUACAAAAUAAACUUCCGUCCACACCCUCCGCUGGCUAGCUCAAUUGCUGCCGUUCACGCUCGCAAUGCCAAGCGACUAUCAGACUUGCUACGGCAUAAUGGUGGUCUUUACUUGAAGAUUGGACAAGCUAUCGCUAUGCAAUCGGCGAUUCUGCCGCCUGAAUUCCAGAAGAUGUUUUCGCGCAUGUUUGACGAUGCGCCCCAGAAUGAUUGGAAGGAUGUUGAGAAGGUCAUUCGGGAGGACUUUGGCAAGUCGCCCGAAGAGGUAUUUGGGGUUUCCUUCACCGGCGAGGCUGGGAAAGGUGUCAUGGAGCGCAAGGCCAGAGCUAGCGCAAGUGUCGCUCAGGUUCACUGGGCUCGUCUGCAGGAUGGUCGCGAAGUUGCUAUCAAGAUUCAGAAACGGGAGAUCGCAGAGCAAGUAGCUUGGGAUCUCUGGGCUUUCAAGGUUGUCGCAUGGGUAUACAGCAAGACAUUUGAUAUCCCUUUCUACACGUUGGUUCCCUAUGUGAGCGAGAGACUUUCCCUUGAGACGGACUUUGUCAAUGAGGCAGACAACUCGGAAAAUAUGGCCAAGCUAGUGGCUGGUGAGCCCCGUCUGCGCGAUCGUGUAUACAUCCCGCGAGUAUAUCGUGAAUUGAGCUCGAGGCGCGUAAUGACUGCGGAGUGGAUAGAAGGUGUACGGCUCUGGGACAAAGAGGCCAUCACACGCCCCUGGCGUGGUGGUUGGCGUGAGGGCAGUCCAGGCUGCCAUGGGACACCUUUGGACCGCAAGGGUACACCGGUAGACACGAACCCGCAGCAUGCAAAGGUCAAGCCUGAACGUGACUUUUGGCGAGGGUACAAGAACCGCGGUGGCCUGGGAUUGUCACUCAAAGAUGUGAUGACCACCAUGGUAGACUUAUUCUCUGCCCAAAUGUUCUUGUGGGGAUGGGUUCACUGCGAUCCACACCCCGGCAACAUCUUCAUCCGCCGAAAGCCCAAUGGAAAGCCGGAGCUUGUCCUAAUUGACCACGGACUGUACAUCCACAUGGAUCCCGGAUUCCGUCAUCAAUAUGCCCGAUUCUGGAAGGCCCUCUUGACUUUUGACAACCGCACGCUGAGUGAGAUUGCUCAGGGUUGGGGUGUGAACAACCCAGACAUCUUCGCAUCAGCAACAUUAAUGCGCCCGUACCGUGGUGGAGAUAUGUCGACCCAGCGCGGUAUCUCCGGCCUAAGCAAGUCUGAACGCGCCGAGCGACACUACGAGAUGCAACAGGCAAUGCGCAAGGCAGCCCGUCAAAUCCUAGGCGACGAAACCAAAUGGCCCAAAGAACUCAUCUUCAUCGGCCGCAACCUACGCAUCGUCCAAGGCAACAACCAGUUCCUAGGCUCGCCCGUGAACCGUGUCAAGAUCACAGGUAUCUGGGCUUCGCGCGCCCUCAUUGAAUCCCCGGAUCUACCGCUGGCCGAGAAGAUCCGCAAUAUUGGCCGACACCUCAUCUUCCGAGCGGUGCUGUUGACCACUGAUAUCUUUUUCUACUUCACCAAGGUGCGCCAGUUCUUGCAUCUAGGUGGUGGCAUGGAGGAUGAUAUUGAGGCUCAGAUGCAGAAUAUGGCUAAGGAUAUGGGUGUUGACCUUAACCAUGACAUUUUCGAAGGGUAG